GACAAGAGUUAUUUCAAUUUUAUAUGGCAAAUUAUCGGAAAACAACUGCAUAUAAGGCCAAGGGGUGCACAUUGUUUGUCAGCUCCAUAUAGAGCCGAAUAAACGGAAACAAUUAAUAGAACGUGAAAUUACUACCAGUCGGGCCUGGACCCUUUUAAUUUAGUAUUAGUGCGACCACAAUAACGGCAGUCUGGAAGGAGGGGCUGGCAAAAGACAGGUAAACAUUUGUUUACAAAAAGGAAGCUACUUUUGCCUUGGGAUCAGGGUAACAGCUGAGGUGAGGGUUAGAAUUAAAUAAAUAAGACCAGGGUGCACUAAUUUGUUUUGGAAUUAGGAUUUUGAGCGGCACUGUCUCCCUUAGGCUUAGAGUUAGCGAGACAGGUUGAAGCCGUCCCAUGCUGCCUGCCCAACUAAACAUGACUUAUUUCAAAAUUUUCGUGCCGUGUCUGGUUUUUUAAAUCGGGGACAACCAUAGGGUGAAAAAGGUGUCCAGUAAGGAGCUAAUCUGAUCGUGCUAAUAAAGUCAAAUAGUUUGGUCUUGUAAGGAUCUCGAGGGCCUGCCCCUGCUGGUUUGUUGGGUUAUCCAAAGUUGCUAAAAUCUAUCCGACUGGUUUCCUUGAGGACCAAUCAGAAGGCUCGCUCGUUCUCCAAUUGGGCCAAUCAGAACGCAGUAUUUCUGGCGGGCUCUCAUCCGACCUCAACUUGAAUGCGGGCAUCUGAUUGGCUGUUGGGUCUGUGACGUCACGAUAACCAAGUAUAUAUACGGUGCACACUUUUCUUGGACAACUUCAUUCAUUCGAAUACGUAUCGUAGCGAACAGUACAGAAAAUCUUACUCUAACGAAAUGGCUCGAACCAAGCAGACCGCCCGUAAAUCCACUGGAGGAAAAGCCCCCCGAAAACAGCUGGCAACCAAGGCCGCCCGUAAGAGCGCCCCUGCCACCGGAGGAGUCAAGAAACCUCACCGAUACAGGCCCGGAACAGUCGCCCUCCGAGAGAUCCGUCGUUACCAAAAAUCGACCGAGCUCCUCCUGAGGAAACUCCCCUUCCAGAGACUGGUCCGUGAGAUCGCUCAGGACUUCAAGACCGACCUCCGAUUCCAGAGCACAUCAGUGAUGGCUCUUCAGGAGGCCAGCGAGGCUUACCUCGUUGGACUGUUCGAGGAUACCAACCUUUGCGCCAUCCACGCUAAGCGUGUGACCAUCAUGCCAAAGGACAUCCAGCUCGCUCGCCGUAUCCGCGGAGAGAGGGCAUAAGCUACCUGUCGAACUACACUCGGCACAAGCUAAAAACGGCGUUUAUCAGCGCCACUCCACAUAUCAAUAAAGAAAACACUCCAAUCGUU